AUGACGACGAAGGAAUCUUAUCCAAGAAAAGGAAUGAUUCAAGACUAUCUCCAUCUAAAGAAUAGAGAAGGCCUUGAGUUGGAAACCGUGGAGUGGAAUUUGCGACUAAGCCAAGUGAGGAAAGAAUUGGAAGAACAAGGGUGGCACUAUAAAUGUUUCUCCUCCAACUGCAUUGUCAUACCCAUUUUUAAAACAGACACAUUUGUUGAGAUCGUUAAAGAGAUCACUUGUAUUUUUUCCCAUCAGACAUCUGUGGAUGGAAUAUUCAUACUGAUUUCACAUAACAAGUUCUCUUUUACGCAUUUCUAA